AUGACUAAUGUGGAGAAGGAACAGUUCAACAUAGCCGAGACACAACCCUGGAGGGUGCUGCCAUCAAUCAUAGAUGGCCUCAUUUCCUCACAGCGCAAGAUCCUCCACACUCUGCUGCAGCCAAAAACCCAAAAGGAGAUAAAAGUCAACGAACUCGCAAACAAGGUAGCUAUACUCUACACACAAGACCCCGACCGGCUUGAAAUCGAGCAGAGCAUUAUCCAACUUGCACAAAACUUUGUCGGAGCAAACAAUAUCAACUACCUGGAACCGAAUGGAUGGUUUGGCUCCCGAAGAGACGGCGGUAAAGAUGCUGCAGAGGGAAGAUUUAUCUACACCAAAUUAUCUAACAUCACACGUACGAUACUCUCUGAAGGCGGAGACAUGGGUCUGGCACGUCGCGUGCGCAAAGGCAAGUUGGGAGAGCCGAGAACAUACAAUCCAGCCAUACCCAUGAUCCUUGUCAACGGAUACGAGGCUCGUGGCCAAGACUGGCAGACUUACAUCCCUCCCUACAAUCCCAAGGAUGUCAUUGCAAACCUUCGACGUAGAGUCAGGGGAGCCUCAAAGAGUGACAUGCAACCGAUGCAGCCCUGGUUCCGCAACUGGACUGGCCAAGUGAAAACACUGGGUCAGACUCAUCACUCUUUUCGGGGAACGACGUGUAAAAUCUCCGAGAAUGUUUUGGAGGUCACCGAACUACCGCCUCGUCUAUGGACACAAGACUUUAGGUCCGAGUUGGACAAACACAUCUCCGAACACUCGCCGCCAAUGUUCAAGAGCUAUACUGAGCACCCAAUAAACCAGGGUGUCCGGUUUGAGAUCCAUCUAGACACCUGUACCACAGACAUCGUGACCCAAGGAAGCCUGGAAACGACGCUACAACUCCACAAGAAUAUUUCGACCGACAGCAUGAUCGCUUUGGACGGGCUUGGGAAUGUCCAGAGAUACGCUACAGAGCUCGAUAUCCUGGAAGAUUUCUACCUGUCCAAGUUGAAAUCUUAUACAUGGAACAAAACAUGUCAGCUCCUGGCUAUAAAACGAGAAUUGACAAAGUUGGAUGAUCAAUCAAGAUUUGUCAAGUUGCUUCUGCAAGGUGAUCUUGACAUGUCUACAGAUAGGAGCACUCUUGUUACGCAGUUGAUCAAACACAAUCUGACACCCGUCGAAAAUUUGGACGACAUGUUCGUAGCAACCAAGAAAAGAAAACGCGACGUUCACGAUAAAUCUACGGUUUCUGGCUACGAACAUCUGUUUGAGAUGACUGUGGCUUCUAUGUUGCCAGGGCCUAUGCGCGAGCUUGAUCUAUUGAUUACCAACAAGAAAGCGGAGAUAGCGGAGCUCGAUCUGAGGUCGAUUGGGGAUAUAUGGGAAGGCGAACUUCAAGUGAUCGAAGAGGAAUGGAACCGACAGCUCGAGUAUGAUCGCAUGCAUCCACAAAGUUCUAGUUGCGAAAAAUGCGGAGGUCUUGAAUGCCGAAUUGCUGGUUGA